AUGAUAAGGGCAGAAUUAUUAAUUUAUUUUCCAACUAAAUUGUACUUUUCGGGAGAGAAAAUUGUCGGAUAUGUCGAGUUAAGGCUUCCAUCACAGAUGGGCAUUUACGGAAUCAAAAUAGAUGUAUUUGGUCGCGAAUACUAUACAACCAAUUUGCAACAAGCACUCAAGACAAAUUCUAAUACUCGAGUCACUCGUAUCUUUUAUGAAUAUUCGACAAAACUCGAAGGUAGAGGAAGCACAAAGAAAGAAGAACGAGAGUUCUUUGGUCUAUUUAAAAAGCAGGUGAAUACCGUCCUUCCCGCUGGUGUUUACAAGUACGAUUUUGAAAUUCAACUACCUGAUUUUAUACCACCAACCUAUCGUACCAAUCAGUCAGCCCUUACUGGAUCGAAGAGUAAUUACGGAAUGCCAGCAAUUGACUAUGAGUUAAGAUGUACGUGCAUGAACUCGGACAAGAGCGUAGGAGACUUGAUAUCGUCUGCAGCCAUUCCGGUUGGAGGCUCUUUAAUGACUCCUUCUUUCAUGGGAUCUAACUCAACUCCGUUCACAGACUCAAAAGUGAAGACAUUCUUGUUUGCCAAUGGCCAAAUUAACACAAUGCUUCAAAUGCCUUCUCGAGUUUUCCUCACUGGUGACUAUCUUCAUGGUCAAUUGACCUUGGAGAAUACUUCACAAAAAACAGUGUCGGAAUGUACAAUGUCAUUCAUUCAGAGAGUCGACUGCUUAAAGUCAGGUCAAAAGAUUCCAAUCAAAAGUGACGUGUACGUCAUUAAGAAGAUUGUUAUCGGAGAGUUGAAAGCAAAAGAAAAGAAGACUUUAACGUUAAAUCAACAAACGGGUGUCAAGGUUCCAGACUUUUGUGUUGAAAGCAUUUUCCCUUAUCAAAAGAUGGGCACGCUUGUCAAUGUAGGCUACUUUAUCAAGGUCACGGGUAAACUCUCCUUGGCCACUGAUCUAGAUUACGAAUGCUUGCUUUAUGUCGCAAACAGAAUGAGACAUAUGGCUUAUUUCCAACAAGUUCAAACAAUGUCUCAACCAUUCAUGAGCGCAGCGUCUCCUUCCCUUGUAAAUACUGAGGUUUCUCAAAUCAACCAAUCUGUUUCUCCUUACUACCAGCAACCAUCGCAGUAUGGUGUGGUGAGCCAUGAGCAGCAACAGAUUCAUUCAAUCCAGCAAUAUCAGCAACCAAUGCAAUCUAUGCCUCAACAGCAACAAGCAAUGCAUCGGUCUCAAUCCUUCAAUGAUCACAUGAAGCAAUCUGUUGAAGAAAAUGUUUCGGUGCCAUUGGAUGGUUCAGCACCACCAGAACAAGAAGCAACAGAGUAUUUCGAAUACCAAGAUGAUCAACAAAAUAUGAGUUUAUAUCCAACAGUUGAAAGAUACCACUUACCACCGAUUCCACUCUCUGCUUACGAGACAGAAGCAAGAAGACAAUUGGAACACGAACAUCAACAACCACCUGUUACAGGGAUGCAACAUGCCAACUAUGACAUUAGCACAGUGAAUUACCCAAGAUAUCAAUAA